UUGCAUAGAAUUCUGCUUUCAGAUCCCGCAUUAACCGACAGUAGAACCACACACAAACACUCCUAAGCGUUAACAAAUCAUCAGAGCAAAUAAUGCCAAGCUUGCCACGAACCACACUCGAACUGGACAAUAUGACUAAAGAAGAAAGGCCACAACAAUCUCGAAGGAAAGAUAUUAAGAUGCGGCUUCAGGACAUACUCAUGAGAAGCCCAAUGUCAGAGAAACUUGUACCUGGAGAGAGCCUGCUCUGGUCACAAUCUCUAGAAACUCUUCUUAGGUCAAAAACUGGUAAAGCAACUUUCCAGGCCUUUCUCAAGUCUGAGUUUAGUGAUGAGAAUAUCGAAUUCUGGAUGAAGUGUGAGGACUUCAAGAAAAUCAGGAGCAACGCUACAUUGACCUCCAGAGCCAAGAAGAUAUUUGACCGCUACAUCCAGGCUGAAGCUCCAAGAGAGAUCAACAUUGACCACAAAACCAGGGAGAUCAUCAAACAUAAUGUGCAGACUCCGACGAGGUACUGCUUUGACGAGGCCCAGAAGAUCGUCUUUAGCCUUAUGGAAAAGGACUCAUAUCCCAGGUUCCUCCGUUCUGACUUCUACAGAGCCCUUCUGGAAUCAGUCGCAUAAGGAUAGGGAAGGGAUUACCAGAAUCACUUGGUGGCUAAUCUUUAAGAACUACAGCUGAAGAGCUAGAUAAGGACAAUGGCACGGGCUGGCCCUGACCCUGGGCUUGGACAGCUGGACUGUUAUGGAUGGACAGAUUUCUGCCAAUUGACUGGCCGAAUGUUCCAACAUCUUUUUGGCCUGCUACCUUGCUGUUCUGCAACACUACAUACAUGGAUGCCCCAAAAGCUAUACAAGCUGUCAUUGGUAUUACAAUGCCAAGUUCUUGUGUUGGUAUAUUUUAUUAAGAUGAGGAAAGUCCCCUUAGUUACCUUUGUUGAGAUGUGUAAGAUUUUAUCAUAAACUAGUUUAGAUUAUUAUGUCGCACAGUAUACAAUGAUCAAAUUCCAGACCACAUACUAUAACAGACUACGCGAUAACAGGAGCGGACGAGAUUACACGAUAAAGAUGCUGUUAUGAUGCUCUGCUUACAUCAUCAAUCAGCAGGUCAUGGAGAAAGUGACCACAUGAUGCCAUGAUGCUAAUCUACUUAGACAAGCGUCAUAUCAACACUGAAGAUCAAUGCUCAAGUUCAACGGGGAGAUCAUGCUUUAAGACAUUGCCAAGAAUUUGUUGUCAACCAUUUUAGAUUACAGCAGGACUAAAUCUUUCACCAGUUAUCACAUCAAUUUAUGCGUCUUAUAAAUCUGCCAGCGAUAUGAGAUUUUAUCCAAGACUUGUAAAAUCAUGCAGAAGGUCACUUUAGUUGCAGUGUAAGCUUAUAACAUUUCAAGUGAGCAAUGUAUGAUAUCUUAUUAUGAUUUCUUUUUCCACCAAACUCAAACAGAAGCAUGGGCAGAACUAUAGACACAAGACCCUGAUAUUUAUUGGACUAAGUUGCUUUUUUUUUUUUUUUUUAACAUUUUUGGACAAAAGGUCAAAGAACUGAUCUCCACAUGGACAUGCAACACAAAACAGCUCAGUCACAUUCAAUAGCUCCCUUAUAGAGCUGAAGAAAUAUCUUAUAUGUAAAUGGUGCAAAGGUAUGACUUUUUUAAACUGUAUAUACAUGUAUGGUUUGAAAGGUUACGACUUUUACUGAUUGUAAAUACAUAUAUGUUUUGAAAGGUUACGACUUUUACUGAUUGUAUAUACAUGUAUCAUAGUUCACUGCUUUAAAUUAUGAUUAUUUUACUGGUUAUGUAGGAUUUUUAGGAUCUCCAGAGAGAUGAAAUAUACGAUCUUGUCAUGUGAAAAAAAAUGAGCUUAAGAAAUUAUUUCUUAAAGAGUAAUACAGAGAUCUGACUAGAUCUGAAUUUUAUGUACAUCUAACAAAAUCUACAUACAUUUUUGUUCGUUGUUUUAAAUUAUGAUUCCAUUUAUUUAGGGGUUUCACUGGUUGAAAUUCCGCAAUACAUAUUCAACUUCUCUAAUUCGUACUAAGAUCUAUUUAAUAAAUACAAAUUUUAUACCACAGCUUGGGAUUAUUGUGCUGAAUCAAAUACAUCAAAUGCUGUUGUGCACAUUUAGCGUCUUUUCUGACUGCUGGUUUGAUUUUGCACUGAUAAUGCAUGACCUAAAAUGCUACUGUAGAACUUGGACAUCCCCUAACAUUUCUCGACUGAGUAACUGAAAGUUUGACACCACAUCACAGGACAAAAAGCUUGUUUAUGUUACAACUUCCCUGUUAGCUUGGUUGUCAUGUGCAACAGUCAGGUGAUGGCAGCUUGAGGGUGAAUUAAACAUGUGAACAAAAA